GGAGGGCGGCUGGUGCGGGCAGGAGGGCGGCGACCUAGGAGCUUCCGGAAGCCGGGGAGCGGGCACUUCCCGGGCGAGCCUGCAGCCCGCAGCGCGGGGUCGCGCAGACUUUAAGAAACAAUACAUAACAAACAUAUGGAAAAGUGCACAGAUCCUGAGUCCUGCCAAACCGCUUUUCACAGGCUUGCUUGUGGAACCUGCAUCCAGAACAAUCCCAAACGCACUCCUGGCCAAGUGAAGCAGAGAACAGUCACUCUACCAAGUUUGUACCUUGAUGGCUGUUCCAUGGCUCUGUCCCCUCCUGCCGCUCCCCCGAUGCCUGCUCUCCCAGGGUUAGUUUGGAGGCCUGCGCUAUGGCUUCAUCAUCCUCUGUCCCAGCCUCUCCUGCUCAGUCCAAGAAGCCUCGAGACAAGAUAGCUGACUGGCUCAGGCAGACUCUGUUGAAGAAGCCCAAGAAGAUGCCGAUCUCCCGGGAAAGCCACCCCAGUGAUGGUUCACAGACAGCCCCACAGGACGGUCUCCCAUCCCCAAGCCGCAGCUCACCCCCUAGCUGCAGCUCACACCCGAGCUGCAGCUCACCUCCUAGCCACAGCUCACACCAGAGCCGCAGCUCAGGAUUGUCUCCUACCCUGCAACCAACACACAUGGACCCCAGCAGCAGCAGUGGCCGCUGGAGCAAAGACUAUGAUGUCUGCGUAUGCCACAGUGAGGAGGACCUGGAAGCCGCCCAGGAGUUGGUCUCCUACUUGGAGAGUAGCAAGGCCAGCCUGCGCUGCUUCCUGCAGCUUCGGGAUGCAACUCCAGGUGGCGCCAUUGUUUCUGAGCUAUGCCAGGCCCUGAGUAGUAGUCACUGCCGCGUGCUACUCAUCACCCCAGGCUUCCUUCGGGACCCCUGGUGCAAGUACCAGAUGCUGCAGGCCCUGACGGAGGCCCCGGGGGCGGAGGGUUGCACCAUCCCCCUGCUAUCCGGCCUGACCAGAGCCGCCUACCCGCCGGAACUUCGAUUCAUGUACUAUGUGGACGGCAGAGGCCAGGAUGGUGGCUUUUACCAAGUCAAGGAGGCUGUCGUACGCUAUCUGGAAACACUAAGUUGACACUGAAGUUGUCACGAGAAAAGCCGGAAAUAGCUCACACCAGAUGCUGGAUUCCAGUAGCUAUGGCAGGAGGCUUCAGGAGCCAGAGCCAGCUGCACUCUGUACAGGACACAGGAUCAGAUUGCCACCAGCUUCCAUUACUGUGGGCUCCAAAAGAAGGCCAGGCAGAAGAUGGGGACCUCCCCCAAGGAGACCAGGAGGAAGACGGGGACUCCCCAAGAAGGGCAGGAGAAAGCCAGGGACUCCCCCAGGAAGGCAACGAGGAAGUCAUUGAGUUGUCAAGAAACUGUGAUAUCAGGAGGGUCAGCAGUAUCUUGUCUGCUGCUUCACUGGACAGGAAGCUGACACAUAGCUGUCUUCUUCCCCCCAGAAUCAGGCACUGGGGUAAACAGGUACCAUUCUUCAAGAGGGAUGAGCCUGAUUGAUGAGCUAGAAGUCAAUGCUCUUCCCAGUUGCCUAGGGAAGCUGGGAAGAGGUGGCAGGUAUCAGGUCCUUCCCACACACUCACACUACUGUAGCUCCUUCCCAGAGACGUCAGCCCACUUCACAAAGCCGGAAGAGAGGCACAUCCAGCUUCACACUGGAUUUCACUUACUGACAAACGUCAUUUGAAAUGCAAACCCAGCCGGGCAGUGCUUCUACCCUAGCAGGGUGCAGUGCUCAGCUUGUUCACCUGGACCCUGUGACACAUAGGACCACCUCAGACAUCGCUAGAGCCCAUGCUGCAUAGCACCUGUCUUUAUGUUGAACUGGCAGGAACCAGUGUGUACUCCCAGGGAGGAGCAAGGUGUCACCUAUAUUCUCAAUAAGAACAGAAACAUGGUCAACGGCCAUUGUCUCCCCUGGUGUGUACCUGGAGCCUCUUCCUUUUACCAUGUCCCCUUACUGAAAACCAAUUAUUUUUAAAUUAUGAUUUUUUUGGUUACAUACAAAAUAUUCUAAAGGAUACGGUACCAUACUCAUGCACCUACCACCUUAAUAUAUAAAAUACAAUAAGAACUUUGCCGGGCGGUGGUGGUGCACGCCUUUAAUCCC